UGGAUGUAACGGUCACACCGGCCUGCAUAACAAAUUUUCCAUUUAUUAUUUUUAAUACAAAUAUCCCUGUUAUUAACAACAAAUGUUGCGCCGAGGGCUUUUAUCUGGCAUCAGCCCCACCUUGGGGAGCCGUUACAUGUCGGUGGUGGCCAAAUCCUUGAAGUACACACAGCACGGCGAGCCGCAAGAUGUACUGCAACUGGUGGAGGACCAACUGCCCGAUCCCAAGGACAAACAAGUGCUCGUCAAGAUUCUGGCGGCUCCCAUUAACCCGGCGGACAUAAACACCAUUCAGGGAAAAUACCCAGUGAAGCCCAAGUUUCCAGCCGUUGGCGGCAACGAAUGCGUGGCGGAGGUCAUUUGCGUGGGCGACAAUGUCAAGGGCUUGGAGGCGGGCCAGCAUGUCAUCCCGCUGGCCACCGGCCUGGGCACCUGGACCACCCAUGCCGUCUACAAGGAGGAUCAACUGAUGGCCGUGUCCAAGAAAGUGGGUUUGGCGGAGGCCGCCACCUCGACGGUGAAUCCCACCACCGCCUACCGCAUGCUCAAGGACUUUGUGCAGCUCUCGCCGGGCGACACGGUCAUCCAGAACGGAGCCAACAGCGCCGUCGGCCAGGCAGUACAUCAGCUGUGCCGCGCGUGGGGCAUCAAUAGCAUUGGCAUCGUUCGCGAUCGACCCGAGAUUGCCGAGCUCAAGCAGAUGCUGCAAUGCCUGGGAGCCACCGAGGUCCUGACCGAGGCCGAGAUUCGCACCAGCGACAUCUUCAAGUCGGGCAAGCUGAAGCGGCCCCGCCUGGCCUUCAAUUGUGUGGGCGGCAAGAGUGCCACGGAGGUGUCGCGGCAUCUGGACAACGGUGGCGUGAUGGUCACCUAUGGCGGGAUGUCCCGAGAGCCCGUCACCGUGGCCACGGGGCCGCUCAUCUUCAAGGACAUUGCAUUUAGAGGCUUCUGGAUGACACGUUGGUCCAAAGAGAACUACAGUUCCCCGGAACGUUCGAAAAUGUUUCGGGAAAUCUUUGAGCUGAUGGAGCAGGGCAAGUUCGUGGCCCCCAACCAUGAGAUGGUGCCGUUGACUAACUUUAAGGACGCGGCAGCCGCUGCUCUGAGCUUCACGGGAUUCACCGGCAAGAAGUAUAUCCUAAACAUGAAUGCGUAACUUGUUUUAUUUACAUAUUUGUAUAGUGAGGAUUAAAAUUGUUAUCUACUGUGAUACAACUCA